UAAAAGCUUCUCCGGACUCCGGAGUCCCUCCUCUACUCCUCUGUUACAGUCUGUGUUUGAAGCAGGGAUCCCAAUUUGCAAUGGAAAGAGAAGUAGCGGCUCACAGAGAAGACGAUGAACCCCUAACACCUGCGGGGAGAUUCUUUCUUCAACCAGAAAUGAAUCAGGUAAUCAAUUGCGCGAUUGGGAUGAAGAAUCCCAUCGACAUAGAGGCUCUGAAGGACGCAAUCAAGGAUUCACUCAUGCUCCAACACCCUAGGUUCCGUAGCGUUUUGGUGAGGGACAAGCAAGGGAGAGAACACUGGAGACAAACUCAGCUUGAUCUCGACAAUCAUGUCUUUCUCCGAGAAAUCGGUAGCGAAGAAAACGACGAUGAUGAGACGGUGGUCAACGAUUACUUGGCAGAUCUAGCUGUGUCAUCGCCGAUGAGCACGGAUAAGCCGCUUUGGGAGCUUAAUGUGGUAAGGGCAAGAAAGUGUUGUGUAUUGAGAAUCCAUCACGCUUUGGGGGAUGGUAUCUCCUUGAUGUCUCUGUUCAUUGCUUGCUGUCGGAAAGCCGAUCGGCCUGAUCAGAUGGCCACAAUCCCUAAUAAUUCUUCUUCAUCAUCGAUUUUGAGAAGAGAGGGAGAAAAGAUUGGAAUUGGUGGGAGAUUGAGGUGGAUUUGGAGGAUGUGGUUGAGAUUAAUGAUGGCUGCGUGGUUUACCUUGGUUUAUGCUAUGGAGUUCUUGCUUAGAUGCCUUUGGGUGAAAGAUGAGAAGACGGCCAUUAGCGGCGGCGAUGGAGUGGAGCUGUGGCCCAGGAAGAUUGCCACCGCUAAGUUCAGUAUCGACGACAUGAAAGCCGUCAAGAGAGCUCUCGUUAACGCGACCAUCAAUGAUGUUCUUUUUGGUGUAAUAUCAUCCGGACUAUCAAGAUACUUGGAUUUGAAGACUUCAAAGACAGAACCACGUGAAGGGAUUCAAAUCUCAGGUUUAUCAAUGGUCAACAUAAGAAAACAGCCAGGAUUGCAGGAAAUGUCCAAGCUGGUGAAGAGCAAGUCUGGAUCAAGGUGGGGUAACCAAUUUGGUUUCAUGAUCCUUCCUGUUUAUUAUCAUAGGGAAGUCAAUGACCCUCUUCAGUAUGUAAAGAGAGCUAAAGCUAUGAUUGACAAGAAGAAGCUUUCUUUGGAAGCACAUUUCUCAUACAAGAUUGCAGCAUUAGUAAUGUCCCUUUUGGGUCCAAAGGUAGCGAUAUAUCUCAACCACAGGAUUGUCUGUAAUACAACAUUCACAAUUUCGAACGUUCUUGGGCCACAAGAGGAAAUUAUGAUUGCUGGGAAUCCUAUCAAUUACAUUCGGGUGAAUACGGCUGCCUUGACUCAUGCAAUUACAAUGCACAUGGUGAGUUAUGCAGGGAGGGCAGAGAUGCAAAUCCUUGUAGCAAAAGACAUCAUUCCUGACCCAAAGGUUCUGGCCAAAUGUUUUGAAGAUGCAUUGCUUGAAAUGAAGGAUGCUGCUGCCACCUCCACUGCAGUUCAAGAGGGAAAGGACUCUUGAAUUACCAUAUAUUGAAGAGGGGAAGACAUAUUCAAUUACCAGUUCAAAUUGUAAUAGAAAAAGUUCUAAAUGAUGUGGUUAUUGAUUUCAAAACAACAGUUUUGGAUGUUACUAACCUGAAAAUAUAUAUAUAUAUAUAUAUAUAUCUGAAGAUUCCAAGACCACAUGGGAUCAUGUACAAUGGAAAUCUUGUAUUAUAGGGAUGAGAAAAAGAUAAUUAUGAUUUUUACCCUA